CUUUAGUGGAAAUGAAUUUAUAACAACUUGAUCUAUCCUCACUUUUGCUUUUAAAAAUAGAUCUGUAAUAAUUUUCUAGGGCAUUUAAUUAAAUGUACAUCUGUAGUAAGUGAGAAGCCCAACUGAAAAUGCAUCCUCUGAAAAUCUCUCAAGAAUCAUUGGAGACAACUGUGAGUGUAAUUCUUAGGGUUCCUGCACUCUUCCUGAUAGAAGUAUGGUUCCGCACCAAUCCACAUACAACCAUCCAGCUCCAUUCUGAUGAUGUUGAGCUUAUUGUCACUAUUGCUUACUAUAUGGCUCUAAUAAUAGCAGUGGCUAUUGCCACAUUGCCACUGAGACAUCUGGUGACCUUCUACAUCUACCUGGUCUGUGCUGGUCUCAUGGCCUGUGCCAGGCUGGUGUCUAAAACCUACGUGUCCAUUGAGAAGCUGGAAUACGAUGAGGAGCUGGACAUAGCAGAGAGAAGUAACAUAACUAUUGAGACGGGGUUGUCUGCCUUGCUGGAAGACCGCAAGCAGAUAGAGCGCCUGGUGUUGCACAUAUUUGCACAGGUUUUGAUUGCUGCCAUUGUAGCCUAUCUGAUGGAGAUUAAAAACUGGGUCAAGUUCACUCUGCUUGCCUUUGCUCUGCCUGUUGUUGCGAGGUUGAUGGGGUUUCCUGUUGCUGAGUUGCAUCUGGUUCAUGACUUUUCAACAAUCUACACGAUUCUCCUCAUCCUGUUUUGUAUAUUCAAUAAUCUUGGCAAUAUCAUAGACAUAUGUAAAGAAGGAAUCAGCAUGGCAGUUGCAUCCUUUAGAAUAUUUGGAAUUAUUCCUGUUGCCUUAUCCUUUUGGCGGACCAUGGCUUUACCCGUACAACUGCUGCUAUUUUGGGGGUUGAUGUUCCUUACCCAGAUAUACGUGUAUGUUUACUCAGACAACCUUGGCAUCUGGCAGGAGGGUUGGCUGGUUGUUCUUCUGGCCAGCAUGGGUGAGUGCUGUGCCACCCCCGUCAGCCUCCUGGCCUUGUGCGUCACAAUAACCUACGCAUCCUGCGCCGUCCUGUGUCUGACCAAACUUUACCUGCAGGGCCUGGACGCUUUUGAACACGACACCAUGAGGGGGUGGACGGAAGGUUUUACAAUGCUACUCAUAGCCGUGCAGACGGAUCUUCUAGAGCUGAAGCCAAUACAGAGAGCAUUCCUGAUGAGCAUUUUGUUAUUCAUCGUGGCUUCCUCACUCAUUCAGUCCAUGUACGAGAUAGUGGACCCUGUCCUGCUAGCACUCAGCGCCUCUCAUAACCCGAGCAUCUUCAAGCAUAUCAAAGCUGUGGCGUUGUGUACAGUGCUCUGGAUACUUCCGUUGUACAUGACAUAUUUUAUCUGCCAGUAUUUUGAGAUGGAUUUUUGGCUAAUGGUCAUAGUCUCCAGCUGUUUACUCACCUCCGUGCAGGUCAUAGGGUCCAUUGUCGUCUACCUGUUGUUCAUGUAUGAUUUCAUGCGCCCGGAACCCUGGGAGAAACUAGACGAUGUUGUCUACUGUGCCAGGGCUGUCACCAGAGUAAUGGAGUUCAUUGUUGCUGUCUUUGUGGUCUGCUUUGGCCUGAAGGAAUCCCUGAUUGGAGAAUGGAGCUGGAUCAACUCUAUCAUUCUCAUUGUUCAUUGUUACUUUAAUGUCUGGCAGAGGCUGCAGAGUGGAUGGAAGAGCUUCCUCCUGCGCUGGGAAGCCGCUAAAAAAGUGGAGUCGCUUCCGCUAGCAUCAGAGGAGCAGUUAUCCCGGCAUGAUGAUGUGUGUGCUAUCUGCUACAGUGACAUGAAGACGGCCUGCGUCACACCUUGCGAGCACCUCUUCCACUGCGUUUGUUUAAGGAAGUGGCUGUACGUGAAGGAGACCUGUCCCAUGUGCCACAGGGACCUGGCCAACAACCAGGUCAACCCCAGCUCCAAUGAGAACCCAGCACCAGCUGAUGAUGGUGGCGCCACCCAGCGCGGGGAGGGAGAGGCCAGGGAAGGUGAGCUGCACAAACAGGACAGCAGCGACAGCUCCAGUAGUUCCAGUGCCAGCCUUGAGGUGGACAGCUUUGAUGAGGAUUAUGAUGAUGCAGCACUGGCUGAGGCUGAUCAGUAAUUUCUUUCUCCCAACACAGAUAUUUCUCUUCUUUAGCAAUACAGGAAAAACUGCAUUUCAGUGACUUUUUUUUGUCUAAGUGCACAAAACUAUCUAGUCAUUUGCCUUGUGACAUUAAUUUUAACCUGUGCAAGCAUAAAUUAAGUUUUUAUCCAGGUUACGCUGAGAAAAAAACUAAAUACUUUUACCUCAUUAGAACUAGCACUGGCUAGGCUAAUUUAUAGCAUUGGACAGCAGAAAGUACAGGGGAGUUGUACUAUAAUCAAAACAUAAUCAACUGCUAUGCUUCACACUGACAAAAUGUUUCAUACCACAUAUUAUACCAGAAUUGUUUACUUUGCUUACAUCUUGUGUAGGCUAUAAGGAAUCUCUCAAAAAUGGGUGCCAUCUAUGUUCAAAGUAAGUUCUUUGAAAUCUUGCCAUAUCAAUUUAUAUGAGAAAUAGUUAAACAAGCUAUGAUUCUUUUUGUAACAGUUCAAAAACGUAUUAUAAAAACAAAAACACCACAGAUAAUAAUGUAAUAAAAGAAGAUAACACGGACCAUUCCUUGUGUAAAACUUUAAAACGAAUUUAUCAUCUUCUGUUUUCAUCUUGUUGCAUUUUUGUUCUUUUUAGCCUUUUUUUUUUUAAUUGAAGAAUAGUUUUUCAUUGACGCUUGUUUAAGUCAAACUUAAAUACUGAAAAAGGUCAGUUAUUUAAAAAUUCAACAAUGUAAUUGGCUACAUGAUUUCUUUGACAAUACUAUGACUCAGUUAUAUUAAGUGUGGUUUCACUAAAAUUUAGUGUAUGUGAUUAUUUUAGCAAACCAUGUGGUGCACGUAUUUAGGUUGUAUGAGCCAAGUAUAAUCCUGUGAUAAUUGUUGAAUGGUACCUGCCAUAAUUUUAAUUAGCCAUGAAGAUUAGUGUUAUGGAUCGAAUAGAUCAACCAAGAGAAUCAGAGAACUGUUUGAAAAUUGGUCUCUACUAGGCUCAACAACUCCAACCAACAGCACUAGCUUUAAAAGAUGUAUUGUCAUUUUUAAGAAGGAGGCCUAUACAUUCUGCAUUUUUUAAUUUAUUUUUCUUUGAUUUUGUUGUUGUAAGUAUUCUAAUUUUUUAUGUUUUUUUUUUAAAUUACCAAUUUUUUUUAAAUUUUUCAUACAUAAAUUGAACUGUGCAUAUUAUCAAGCUUGAACUAUGUGAUCCAGGUUGUUUAUUUUGACUUCUUUAUGUUAGUCUAAGACCUCUUCUCAUCUACCCAUGUAUUAAAAUGUCAGACAUUUUUUAUGAUAUAGUGUAACAU